ACUCAACAAAGCGGUACGUGUUGAUAGUAGCACCAGUGUCUGUUGCAGUGCUGCUGUAACUGUGGGUUGGGCGGUUUAUCAUCUAAAGGCCUCCAUUCUGCAUCUUCUGGAUGUCCAAAUACAAACUUUUUCUGCUCAGGCAUGGCGAAGGGGCCUGGAACAAGGAGAACCGCUUCUGCAGCUGGGUUGACCAGAAACUGAGCGAGAACGGGGUGGUGGAAGCCCAAGAGUGUGGUAGGCUCUUGAAAAAACAUGGAUACCAGUUUGAUCAAGUUUUUACCUCCAUACUGACCCGUUCCAUCCAGACAGCCUGUUUGGUCCUGGAGGCCAUGGGCCAAGAAUGGGUCCCAGUCACAAAAUCCUGGAGGUUGAAUGAACGACAUUAUGGUGCCCUGAUUGGCCUUAAUCGGGCUGAGAUGGCAUUGAUCCAUGGUGAGGAACAGGUUAAACUGUGGAGGCGUAGUUAUGACAUCACUCCACCCCCAAUUGAUGAGUUACAUCCCUAUUAUGCUGAAAUUUAUAACGACCGUAGAUACAGUACGUGUGAUAUUCCGAAAGAGGAACUGCCCAAAACAGAAAGUCUAAAGGAGGUGUUGGACAGACUUCUACCAUACUGGAAUGAUGUCAUUGUACCGGUGAUCAAGAGUGGCCAAACUGUCCUCAUCUCUGCACAUGGCAAUAGCUGCAGGGCCUUGCUUAAACAUUUGGAAGGUAUAUCAGAAAAAGACAUUGUCUGUGUAACAUUGCCCACCGGAGUACCAGUCUUACUGGAGCUGGAUGAGGAUCUUCGACCCGUCAAGCCACGUCAGCUCUUGGGUGACCAAGCUAAAAUUCAGGCAGCUAUCAAAAAGAUUUCUGGUCAUCAUUCAGUUGCAUUGCAAGGACCAACAGAGCUGAGAUAUUCUUCUAAAAAUCUUCGUUUGUGUUUGGCAGAAGAAAGAAAGUCAUACACAUCUGGGAUGGCAUGAGGGUGAGUAAAUGAUGAGAGUAUUCAUUUUUGGGUGAAUUAUCCCUUUAAGAGUAACCUGUGGCCAGGAAACCAGCCCCUAUUAUUUGUAAUGAUGAACUUCAUUGGAAGUAUGAGAGGUAAUUUAAAAUUAUUUAAAAAUAUUUUUAGUUAUUUGCACUGAGAGCAAAUGUUUGCUAAAUCUUAGAAAGUAUUUUAAAACAAUUAUUUAAAAGGGAUGCUUUGUUUUAAUUGAAUGUAUUUAAUAACAGAAAUAUUAAGAUACUGUAAGUUAAGAAGACUAAGUUAUUUUCAGUUUUAAGAUGAGCUGCCUCAUGCAAUGGCAAAUGCAACUCUCACUAGCUCUUUUUUACUGUACUUCAUUAUGUUCUACCAACCAACAUUAACCAACACAUAUGCAAAAAGAACAGUAAACAGUGGCCGCCCAGCUGCUCUUGACUGGUGUGUAACCAUUGCACCAGUUUUUUUUAAAUGUAUGUGCAUUGUAAUAACUGUUUUGUUUAUUGUAUUUAUUUAACACUGUACUGUACUGUAUCAAUAGAGAAGAUGUUUUGUGUUUGUACUUUUUGUUAUAAUGGUCAUGGAUUCACUGUUACAUGUUUAUAUCUACUACCCCUGCCUAACUUCUAUGAUACAAUUAUGCAAAUUAUUGCUCAAUGUGGUUUAUUUUUCACCAUUCAGCAGCACUUCUAUCAAGAUUAGCACAUCCCUCUACUUCAAAAUUCUCAAGUGGUAAAACAUAAAAUGUAAUGCCUAUAAAAUGUUUAAAUAGUUUGAUGUAGAAUAAUAUAAAAGAAUAAAGAUUACAAUUAUAAAUCUGGUUAAUGAG